AUGCUGAGCUGUCAGGCUUUCCACCCUUCAUGUCUGUGCCAGGAGCCUGUGUACACAUUCUGUCCUGUUCCACAUGGAGUCUGUGAGCCACUUGAAUGCAACACGUGGAAACAGGUGGAAGAAGCGAGAAAGAGCAUGAACUUCAUGGAGCGAGUUCUUGAGGAGCUGACAAAAGAAUUUUUGGAGGAAAAAGCAAGAAAUCAGGACAACAAACCUGAUGAUAAUGAAGAAGGCAAAAGACUAUCAGAGGACAAGGAGGGAGAUGGCUUUUCUCUGUCCCUGGAUGUCCAGCGAUUCUCCCCAGAAGAACUGAAUGUGAAAGUACUUGGAAGAAAAGUGCUGGUGACAGGAAAACACGAGAAGAAGAGUGAUGAUAGCAGCGGCUCUUCCAGCUACAAAUAUGAAGAGUUCCGGAGAGAAUUUCAGCUGUCAGAAGAUGUCGAUGCUGAAGCUCUUAACUGCUGUUUGUCACAGGACGGUCGCUUAAAGGUUCAAGCCCCACGCCUGGCACUGCCAGCUGUGAAUGAGCGAACCUGUGCCCGUUAA